AGUUCUUAGUGGCUGUGCUUCGGUGCCGGAAAUGACCGUAGUGAUUGAAGUUCCUCAUAGGCCCAACACAUCAAUUGUGUAUGAGGAAAUGCUCUAUCAUCCCUGCUGAGUGUCUGCACUGCAAACAUGCAACCCCCCUGUGAAGAUGAGGACACAGACUUGCUCCUCCAGGCACUACUUGAGGGACAGAAUUAUGGAACUGCUGCAGCAGAUGGAACACAAUGUCCAUCAGUGUCUGUGUCAAAGAACAAUCCAGCAAAGAGGGAUUGCCUGGUAGUUGCCGUGCUGUGCUUUGGGAAUUUAAUAAAUUUCAUUGAUUGGUUCAUUGUGCCAGGGAUCCUGUUGGAUAUACAGAAAUACUUUGGGCUUAGCGAUGGGAAGACAGGUCUGCUGCAAACAGUCUUCACUUUGUGUUACAUGCUGGCUGCUCCCAUCUUUGGGUACCUUGGAGAUCGCUACAAUAGGAAAAUCAUCCUUGGAGCUGGUAUUUUCUUCUGGUCUGGUGUGACCUUAGGGAGCUCAUUCAUCACUGAGUCGCAUUACAAGAUAUUUGUUCUUUCACGAGGACUGGUUGGCAUUGGCUCUGCCAGUUACUCCACUAUAGCACCCACCAUCAUUGCAGACCUGUUUGAGGAAGGAAAAAGGACCACAGUGUUAUCUAUCUUCUACAUCUUCAUUCCAGUGGGAAGUGGUUGUGGUUAUAUGCUGGCAGCUGGCAUGGCAGAAAGCACAGGUGACUGGCACUGGGCAUUCAGGGUAACUCCUUGCAUGGGAGGACUGGCACUGCUUCUCCUGAUUUUACUGGUCCCUCACAGGAUCCAGAGAAAGGCAGCAGCACACAGAGCAAGGAGCAUCUCUGGCACGAUAUGCAGAGCAGAUGAGAAGCCAGAUGUACACAGAACUGCCAAGACCACUUGGUGUCAGGAUGUGGGAUCACUUGUCAAGAACUGUAGUUUUGUCUGUUCCUCACUGGGUCUGACUGCCAUGGCCUUUGUCACUGGAGCCCUGGGAAUGUGGAUGCCACUGUUUCUGUACAGAGCUCAGGUUGUCCAGGGCAUUGUCCCACCAUGUCUCCAAGAAUCGUGCAAUUCAUCUAACAGCCUAAUAUUUGGAGGCAUCACCAUUGGGACAGGAAUUUUGGGUAUUAUUGCUGGGGCAGAAGCUGCAAGACGAUUAAGGAAGAGAAACAACAAAGCUGAUCCUCUGAUCUGUGCCACAAGCAUGUUCAUUUCUGCCCUGUGCCUCUACAUAGCUCUGAUGGUGGCCCAGACAAACAUCCUUUCCACUUUUAUUUUUAUUGCAUUUGGAGAACUGUUUUUGUCUGUAAAUUGGGCUGUUGUGACAGACAUACUGCUGUACGUGGUGACACCGAGGCGACAGUCCACAGCCAUCGCCCUGCAGAUUUUGGUGAGCCAUUUGCUGGGAGAUGCAGGCAGCCCAUACCUCAUCGGAGUUGUACCAGCAAUGAACUGUCCCUCAAAUGAAGAUGAACUCUGGAGUGAGAUUUGCACAGAAGAAAAAGAAAGUCCCCCCUUUUUUCUUUCUGUUUUGCUUAAUGAUAUACAGCUGGGGAAAAGGCCAAAUCACAAUUCCUCCAUAUGGCAGAAAAUCCUGCAUACUGACUUUUUUGGAUGCUUUUGACUGCAAAUCAAAAAUUGCUCAUGUAUUGGCAUAUGGCAACUCUCCUCCCCCCAUCUGUAACCAGGGCCUUGUCCUCUGUGGGGCUGGGGAGCUCCAGAGGGUGCUUUACAGAGCUGUCACCAGCAUGACUGCUGACCUCAACACGGCAGGAGCUUUUGAGGCACAGCAUCUCCUGGAGAUUAGGGAGGCCUACGAGUUGUCAGCAGGAUGAGAUUUGCUUGUAGAAUUUAGUAAAAGUAGAUAGUAAAAAGAGUGUUUUAAGUUGUCUAAAAUGACCAAGAGAAGCAAAAACUAUCAAAGUCAUGUCAGAUUCAAGACUGGAGGGUUGUGAUAAUUUUAUAUGUAACAUCUUGAUGGUAUGCCUCUUCCUAAUACUUGGAGGCUCUUCACUGUGUACUCAGGCCUUGAGUAAUUAUCUCCAGCAGUAGCACUGUAAAUCCACUUAAAUAAAACUGUCCAUUUGAACUCUUAUCUCCAAAGUGAAGGGGAUUUGGGAUGUGGUAUCUGUUGUCACAAUAUCAUGCCAGGUACCAAACAGGACAUGACCAGUGUGGCCAACUUGCAUUGUUUGUCCUGGCUUAGUUCCCAGUAGCACCUUAAAUCCAAAGCCUGAGGAGGAUAUUGGCAAGUGCAUCAUAAAAUGUUGCAAAUCUUGCAUUAUUCUCCCAGUAAAUCACAAGGAUCAUAAAGCACAGUAUUCCUAUAAUGACUGUGAAUGUCUAAUGCCACUGUAAAUAGCAUAAUUCAGCUACUGCAGGUGUUUGCUCUUCCCUCUGUCUACCUAAUAUUUAAAAAAUCUGUUCUGAAAUCUGACUUAAACUUAGGUCAUGAAAUGUGGGAAAUGAUAGAGAAACUUUGUGAUA